CCAGGUUGCAGUCCAAUACAGGCGGACCUUUUUAUUUAAAAUAGUUACUGGAUCUGUUCUUGGGGAACAUGAGAACGUUUUUAUUAAAGAUUCUGAGUUCCUUCUGUUAGCGCAGCAGUCUUGGUGGAUUUAAAAAGUGACUGACCAACACUGAAGACACAAUAUGAUCCUCAUUUUUGAUGAAAAACGACAUUUUAUUUUUCACUUGUCUCUUGGCCUGUUGAGUUUCCUGCAGUUCACAGAAUGUGAGAAUAUUAGGCUGGUCGGACCUUCGCGUUGCUCUGGCAGAGUGGAGGUCUUCCACAAAGGCAGUUGGGGAACUGUCUGUCACGAUCAGUGGAGCAUUGCUAACGCUGAGGUGGUGUGUCGAGAGUUAAGCUGCGGGACAGCUAUCGAGGCCAAAAAAGACGCCUUCUUUGGACAGGGAAAGGAUGAGAUCUGGUUGGAUGACGUACAGUGUACUGGGCAUGAGUCGUCCAUCCUUCAGUGUCAGCACAAACCGUUUGGGGUAAAUAACUGUGGCCACAAUGAAGAUGCAGGAGUGGUCUGUUCAGAACAUGUGCGCUUUGAGAAAGGAACCACUCGUUGUAAUGGUAGAGUGGAAGUCUACCACAAGGGUCAGUGGAAAAGAGUUUGCAAUGACUGGGGCAAGGAAGCAGUUCAGGUGGCGUGCAGAGAAGCUGGCUGCGGCGAUCCUCUCAGUCAGAACGAAACACCCUAUUUUGGAGAAGCACAUGAACUGUCUGCCAUCAAAACCACUUGCUCUGGAAAUGAGAACUCAAUCUCACAGUGCAAACUUAAAGAUUUCAGAGAAAGCUGUGUUGAUGCUACUGUUGUCUGUGCAAACAGUCAACCCAUUCGGCUGGUGAAUGGGACUAAUCGCUGCUCUGGUAGAGUGGAAAUUUACUAUAAUGGACAAUGGGGAACAGUCUGUGAUGACAAAUGGGGGAUGCAAGAUGCAGCUGUAGCUUGUCGAGAGAUGAACUGUGGGAAUGCUCUCUCAGUCAAGUACAAGGCUUACUUUGGGAGAGGUCAGGAUCAGGUUUGGUUGGAUGAGAUGGAGUGCACUGGUCAUGAGAUGUUACUUGCUGACUGCCCUCACAAAGAUUUUGAAGAACAUGACUGUGACCACAGUGAAGAUGCUGGUCUUGUGUGCUCAGAGACAGUCAGAUUGAUAAAUGGGAGUGACGCUUGUUCUGGCAGAGUGGAGGUUUUCCACGAUGGCCGAUGGGGGAAACUUUGUAGUAACAACUGGGGUCUUAAAGAAGCUACAGUCAUAUGCAAGGAGCUCGACUGUGGAGCUCCAAAAAAUUCCAAAGACACCUUUUACUUUGGUGACAGCUCACUGCGAGGGUUCACAAGUAGAUGCUCUGAUAAUGUGAACUCUAUCAGCCAAUGUCAACUUCAAGAACACACAGGAUCAUGUGAAGGUGUUUCUCUCACAUGUGCAGGUCAACCACCGCUAAGGCUUGUGAACGGCACUGACCGAUGCUCUGGCCGAGUGGAGAUUCUGCAUGACGGCCAGUGGGGAACAGUGUGUGAUGAUGAAUGGGACUUAAGAGAUGCUGAGGUGGUGUGUAGAGCCACGGACUGUGGAACACCUCAGAGAGUUAAACCUGGUGCCUUCUUUGGUGAAGGCCAAGGAGUGGUCUGGCUGGAUGAUGUCAACUGUCUGGGUAAUGAGACGUCCCUUGGGCAAUGCAGUCAUCGCUCCUUUGGAGAAAAUAACUGUGGUCAUGGUGAAGAUGCGGGAGUGAUUUGUUCAGCUGCCAUUCGACUGAUCAAUGGGACUGACAUGUGCUCAGGAAGAGUGGAGGUCCACCAUGGGGAACACUGGUCACAAGCAUUUAAUGUUAACUGGGGAAUGAAUGAAGCUGCUGUGGUGUGCAGAGAGAUGAACUGUGGAGAUCCUGUCAAGAUCUCAGAGUCAUUUGGCAAAGGUCGAGAUCUGAGAGGGUACGAGAUUCGCUGUAACGGCAGAGAGAGUUCUCUCACACAGUGCACGUUUAGAGACCAUACCAGAUCUAUCACCGAUGGUACUGAAGACGCCUCUGUGGUAUGCUCAGGAAACGUGAGAUUAACCGGUGGAUCCACUCGUUGUGAUGGAAGAGUAGAGAUUUAUGACAAAGGGCAGUGGGGCACUGUGUGUGCUGAUUCCUGGGACAUGAAUGAUGCAACAGUGGUGUGCAGACAGUUGGACUGUGGGAAACCUCACAAGCUUAAUGAGGUUGGCCCUGGUACAGGACAGACCUGGACUGAUCAAAUUGAAUGCAAUGGAAGAGAGUCUACAUUGAAUCAGUGUCCACAAAGACCAGGUCUGGACAGAACCUGUGACACAACUGUAGUUGCCGGUGUUUCCUGCACAGGGAGCUUGGCAGUGCGGUUGGUUAACAGUACUGAUGAGUGCUCUGGGAGAGUGGAGGUCCGUCACGGCGAGCAAUGGCAUGCAGUAUGUGACACAGACUGGACUCUAAGUAAAGCUGGAGUGGUGUGCGAGCUGCUGGAGUGUGGACGUGCCGUGAAUGCUCCUGGUGCUGCUUUUUUUGGCCAAGGCAGUGGGUCAGUGGUGGAGGCUAGCACUUCUUGUUUCCACAGCGUGACUUCUCUUCAAGAAUGCUCGGUGAAGGGUUUUACAAGAGAAGACUGUGGGCAUGAACAUGAUGCUGGUGUUCUCUGUGCUGCACAAGUCCGGUUGGUGGAUGGCUCAGGUGAAUGCUCCGGCAGAGUGGAGGUCUUCUAUAAAGGACAGUGGGGAACUGUGUGUGAUGACGAUUGGGAAAUGAGCGAUGCUGAUGUGGUAUGCAGACAGCUUGAUUGCGGUCAUGCCAUUUCAGCACCUCUAAGCGCCCAUUUUGGUAGAGGCACUGGUCCAGUAUGGCUGGAUAAUGUGGGAUGCUCAGGCCAAGAGUCUGCUCUUACGCAUUGUUCACACGAUGGUUUUGGAGAAAAUAACUGCGGGCACGAUGAAGAUGCCAGCGUUAUCUGCUUAGGUGGUCAACAGAAGCCCAAAAUCACAAUAAGUCCUGCUCCAGAGGUGAACUGGGGUGACAAAGUUGAAAUUACCUGCACGCUAGUAACAGAACGCAUGGGUGGGAGAUUUCUCCUGAAAAAAACCCAAGGGUCAUUUCAAAUGGAAAAAUUCUCAGAUCAUGCAUCGGCAACCUUUGUCUUCCCUAAAGUGGACUUAAGCCAAAAGGGUUCAUACUACUGUGAAUAUCAAAAGGUGUUGGCCAGUGAAGUCAUCUACUAUCCUCAAGGAAAUCCUGUUGACCUUUCCGUUGUAGUUAAACUGGAAAAACCCAACAUCUCCCUGAUGUCCCCCAGUGCAAUGGAACUCACCAAUCCUGACACAAUUUCUGUCUCUCGAGGCAGCACCUUCACUGUCACUUGCUCUGUUCAUUCUAUAUACCCUAGAGGUGUCUUCUAUUUCACACAUUUAAACACAAACACUACUGAAUCAAAGUCAGCAUUUGGCCACUCAGCCUUCUACCUGGCCAAUUUUGAGCUCGCUACAGUAAGUCAUGAACAGCAAGGAGAGUAUGCCUGUCUCUACAGCGUUAGCAUCGCCAAAAAAUCCUUCAAUUCAGUUCCUUCGAAGACUCUCAAUAUCAAUGUGAUAUAAACCAUUCAUAUCGUUGUUGUUUCUUCUUUUCUUGCUGAUAAUAAGUUAAUCAAGUGCAUUUGAUUAGCAGCACAUGGAAGCAGUAAGUUGUGGACAUUUUUCGCGCACUGCUUCUGCAUCACUCACUGGUGACGAGUGUUUCACUUGACUGUGGAGCCAUUUUGGUUCACUCUUCUUUCAAACUUGUUUUAAUUCAGCCACAUUGGAAGGUUAGCUCCUGUUAAAUAAAUGGAACACACUGUAAUAAGCCAUGUAUUGUUGUUCAUCCAAGGUUGUGUUUAUCAAAGACCUGUCAAGAACGAGAA